UUGGUAUUUUUGUAAAUUUUUUUUAAACAGUGAUAAUUUUGGAUUUUUCUCCAAAAACAUUCGUGUACUAGAUCAAUGGUCAAAGAACGAUUCAGCAAAAAGCAAACAUAAACUUGAGCGUACAGGAUAACAAUCACUGCAGCUUGUCAUUUUCCGCUUAUAUUUGCUUCCUUCCUCAGUCCUCACUGACGCACUCACUCCUUUUGUGAGUCGCUGAUUCGCUGCUCUUGAAGCGGGACUGCCGAUAAUCGCCGUUGGACGAUCUCCGCGCGAGGCCCUGUCGACAUACUUUUCUCUGUUGCCUUCGCGCGUUCUGAUAAUCACUGCCUGACCUGAGUCUACCUAGCUCGAACGUCUUCACAUUUUCAGAUUUAGUCGCUUGCAAGAUGAGUUCUAGGGGAAAGGGUGGGAAGUCUUUUGCUUCUGGUACAAGUUCUACUCCAUCAAACAAGGGGAAGUCAUCCGAUACAUCCGUUCCCCAGUUGGAGCAGUUGAAUCAAGGUGUAGCAGAUAUUAAACUUGAUUCUCCACAAGGUGAUGGUGCCUGGGAGGUCUAUUCGAAGAAGUCUAACAAGAACAAGGCAGCAAAGUCUUGGGGUACACAAAAUUCUAACUCUCAAUCUUGGGGACAGAUGGAUGGGGGACAGCGAAAUAAUGGUGGAGCAAGAAGGGUGACUGGCAAUGCUUGGCCAAAUCAAGCAGUUGAGUCUUCAAGACCAACUGGCAGAGGAAAUGGAAAGAAUCAGGCAUCCAAUCGGAGCUUGGAGAAUUAUUGGGCUACUCCACAAGCUGCGGUUCCCCCUCCGCUGACGCAUGGUUGGAAUUGGCAAUCAAGGGCUGGCACAGUGAAAGAGUUGGAAGCGUCACCAGAAAAAGAGCAGGAUGAUACCAAUGAGCAAACUGGUGUUGAUGAAGAAGAUGAUGAAGAUGACGGGGUGUUAGAUGAUAGUGACGAUGAGCUUCUUAGUGAUGAUUAUGAUUCUGAUGUUAGUCAGCAGAGCUUCGAAACCCGUAAAAAGAGCCGCUGGUUUAAGAAGUUUUUUGAUAGUUUGGAUAGCCUUAGACUGGAGGAGAUUGCUGAACCAGAAAGACAGUGGCACUGUCCAGCAUGCCAAGGUGGUCCAGGCGCAAUUGACUGGUUCAAAGGUCUGCAGCCCUUAAUGGCUCAUGCUAGAACAAAAGGGGCAAAACGAGUAAAGCUACACAGGGAGCUUGCUGAACUUCUGGAAGAGGAGUUGUCCAGGCGGGGAACUUCUGUUAUUCCAGCUGGUGAAGUUUUUGGCAAAUGGAAAGGGUUGAAGGAGGAAGAGAAAGACUACGAAAUAGUCUGGCCUCCUAUGGUUAUCAUUAUGAACACAAAGCUUGAUAAGGACGACAAUGAAAAGUGGCUGGGCAUGGGCAACCAAGAGCUUCUUGAUUAUUUCAGAUCAUAUGCUGCUGUUAAGGCCAGACAUUCUUAUGGGCCCCAGGGUCACCGUGGCAUGAGCCUCCUCAUCUUCGAGGGCACUUCAAGGGGUUAUUUUGAAGCGGCACGCUUGGACAGACAUUUUGCUGACCAGGGAACAGAUAGGAACGCGUGGAAUAAUCAAAGGCGAAACUUGUUUUAUCCUGGUGGCAAGAGGCAGCUGUAUGGUUUCAUGGCAACAAAGGAAGAUAUGGACAUCUUCAAUCAGCAUUCUCAUGGUAAGGCUAAGCUGAAGUACGAGAUGAGGUCAUACAACGAGGUGGUGGUGCGAGACUAUAACCAAGUCUGCAAUGAUAAUGAGCAGCUUACAUUUUACAAGACCAAGGUUAUAAAAGAACAGAGGAAUUCCAGAGCUCUUGCUGAAUCUCUUGGCACUGUUAGUGAGAAGCUGCGGAAGACAAUGGAGGAAAACCGUAUCGUAAGAGAAAGAACCCAGAUAUAUCAUGAACAGAACAAAGAAGAGUUGGAUUUCCAAGAAGAGUUCUUCAAGGAUCAACUCAGAAUCAUCCACGAAGAAAGGAAGGCAAAGGAAGACGACUUUGAGAAUCGACAGCAGGAGGAGCGCAAGAAGGUGAAAGAUCAAAGUUCCCACGGGAAGGAGGAAUACAGAAGCAGGGUGGAUGAGCUCUCAAAGUUCAUUCAGCUUCAGGAGAAAGAGAUGGAGGAGUUUGUGGAUGAGAGGGAGAAGCUUGUGAAACUACACGAGGACAGAAUCGCUGCAAUGAGGCUGAGACACUGGAGGGAAGAAGUUGAUUUGGAGAAAGACUUUGAUUCCCAGCUGGCCAAUCUCAUGAAGAAGUACAGCCCGGAUGGGAACACCCAAGCAUGAGAUAUGCCUUGGGGUGAGGAGGAGAGCGUCCCACGAUUUGGAGCGGCAUAGCUAUUAGUAGUAAGUAGUAGUAAAAUCCCAGUUAGGAGCGCAGGUAAGUGGACGGAAGUAGUGGUUGCUUCAUUCCUUUUGUUGAGGGGGAGUGAGCGAGGUAAUGUGCUUGUUUUGAUGAACGGGUAAAAUGACGAACUCGUGGUACCUGUGGCCUUGCUAGUUAUGUUAACGCUUUGUCGAAGCUGGGCGCUUCUCGUUCUCGGUGAUUACUGCAAUUAGCUUUAGCUAAUACCUUCAGCUGAUAGAUAGGAUCAGUUCAGUCCUUUUCUUUACGAGUAUUGAUCCCUUUUUCCCGGUGCCUUCUUUUGUAGUUUUGUUGGAUGCAGCUGCAAGAGAAGUUGGACAUUUAGCGGGAUGGUUUGGGCUUGAAUUGGUAAACUCGAAAUACAUCGAGUUAAAAGGCUUUAAAACAAUUUGAUGGCAUAGUGGCUAAGGAUGUGAAUGCACAAUGGCACUAAGGCUUGGAAACUAGAAGGAUCGAAUGAACGAGUCGAUUAUGCCAUAUAUCAAAAGGAAGAUUAGUAGUGCUAUAGAAAACAUAACAAACAACAUACGGAGAUAGAGGACCAGCCAGGGAAGAAGAAACUUAG